AUGCGUCAAGAGAUCACAGUCACACAGAAGUCACCGGUACCCAAAUCCUACGGCUUUCUUCCGAAAGGCGACCGCUACAAAACACUGCAUUGUCGCAAGCUUACCCACGAAGCCGGACGUCCAUUAUACAUUGUCAUCGACGACCAAAAAAGAACGACUGGCAUCCGCAUCCCCUUACACGUUUUGCACAAGGUCAACAAGCAGUCGAAAGAAACGUUGACAACUCGUCGCGCAGCUACAACGAAGCGCGAUGCGACUGACAUUGCCAACGCAGCUGCUGAGAUAGACACGCGAUUUCCAAAGAUACCAGCGUCAGAGAAGCAAGCCGUACUUAAGCACAGCUUCAAGAAACACUCUGGGUGGAAAGAGCAGGGAACAUGCGAGGAAGACUACGAGAAAGGGUAUUGA